CUCCUGCGAGCUCUCGAGCUCUCUUCGAGCAUUGCCUUGAUCGAUCGCGCGAUUUCGCAUGGCCUCACAAUUUAGGGUUUGGUGAGAGCCAUGGAAAUGUAGACUACGAAGCCAAAUGCAUUCUCAAUCAAUUGAUCUCAAACCCUAACUGAUCUCUAUACGCUCUUCUGUAUCGAACGAUUCAGUCUGGCAGAUCACUAGACAAGUCGAUUUCAACGCUUCAGAUGGAGCUGGCUGCUACUCGAAGUUCUGAAGAGAUGUGAAGAUCUGAUGAGUUCACUCACAUCUCUGAAUUGACUCAUGAGGGCUUGCCAAGGAAGAAGGCUUUCAUAGUUAUUGGAAUUAAUACUGCUUUUAGUAGUAGGAAGAGGCGCGAUUCGGUCAGACAAACUUGGAUGGCUCAAGGAGAGAGACUUCUUCAAUUGGAACAAGAGAAGGGAAUUAACGUCCAGUUCAUGAUCGGCCAUAGGAAUUUGAAGAACUAUCAAUUGACUGGUCCUAUCCCUUCAACAUUAACACAGAUUCCCAACCUCAAAACUCUGGACCUUGCUCGUAACCAGCUUAUUGGUGAGAUACCGAGGUUAAUCUAUUGGAAUGAAGUAUUACAAUAUCUGUCAUGCUAUGUGGCUAGCAAUCAUUGUGGAUGAAUCUCUUAUUGUCAAUCUUAAAGGUCUAAACAGAAAUUCAGGAGUAAAAUCAGUUCCAGUGCAAUUUUUUGGUACCCAUGAUUUUGCAAGGAUUAAUAUGAAACAAGUUAUCUCAUUUCUUAGAGGACUUCUCUCUUCUUUCCAUCUGAAAUGCAAGAAAUCGCAUUUUGUACAAAGCUUGGAAGAAGCAAAAAUGUAUCUCAGUGAACAGAAGCUUCCAAAAAGAAUGUUAAAGAUGCAAAAUGCUGUUGAAGCUGAUGAUUGUGAGAGUGGAAGUCGAGAGGAUGAAAAGGGUGCUGAUUCAGGUGAAGAUUGCAGAGGAGACGAAAGGAUACAUAGCAAGCUAGAGGGCACCAAAACUUGCCCAUUUGAGAUAGGGGAUUUACAAAUGAUAAGUCUUGGAAAGAUUGUGAAGGACUCAGAGUAUUUUCAGGAUGGGAGAUUUAUCUGGCCUGAAGGAUAUACUGCUGUGAGGAAGUUUCCUUCAAUAGCAGAUCCAAGUGUAUAUACCUUGUACAAGAUGGAAGUCCUGAAAUGCAAUGAUGCGGGCCCAAAGACUCGGCCUUUAUUUAGAGUUACGCUGGAUAAUGGAAAGCAGGGGCAAAAUGGCUUCUUGUUGUGUUAUCUGCAGCAAGUGAAGAUGGUGAUGAUGAUGAUAAUUCGGUGACAGAGACUUGAGAUGCCGACACCAUGGUGUCUGAUAAACAAGAAAGCUGAUUGUUACAGCUAAGUGAUAAGUGUUGCAUUGCCAACAGUCGUGAAGGAUGGUGAUCAUAAUCAUCUCUGGGCACUAUUGGAUCCCAAAACUUGUACUUGGACAGUUCUUUCAUAGUGUAGAUCAUGCGAUUUAAAACUCAGGAUAAAUGCAUAAUCAGAUGGGAAAAGUUUGCCAUCUUUCAUAGUGUAGAUCAUGUUGAUAAAUGAAUCUUAUGAUUUGGAUA